AUGGGUGACGUCGCAGUUGAGAACCCAGCCAACACGGUGGCGCCUCACAACAAGCCCAUCCCCUCCACCAUUCCCAAUGUCGAGAACAUCGAGGGUCUUUCAUCACAAGAAGGCGACGAGUAUGCCACCUUGAAGAAGCUACAACGGCAUCUUGAGUACAUCCAGCUCCAGGAGGAGUACAUCAAGGACGAGCAGAGAAGCUUGAAGCGCGAGCUUGUCCGGGCACAGGAAGAGAUCAAGCGCAUCCAGAGUGUGCCUUUGGUCAUUGGCCAGUUUAUGGAGGCUAUCGAUCAGAACACCGGCAUCGUACAGUCCAGUACCGGCUCCAACUACGUCGUGCGCAUCCUCUCCACUCUCGACCGCGAGAAGCUCAAGCCCUCCUCGUCUGUUGCCCUUCAUCGCCAUUCCAAUGCCCUCGUCGACAUCCUGCCCCCUGAGGCCGAUUCCUCCAUCGCCAUGCUUGGCGCCGAUGAGAAGCCCGAUGUCACAUACGCAGACGUGGGAGGUCUGGAUAUGCAAAAACAAGAGAUCAGGGAGGCCGUAGAGCUGCCCCUCACCCACUUCGACCUCUACAGACAGAUUGGUAUUGACCCCCCACGCGGCGUGCUGCUUUAUGGUCCCCCCGGAACCGGUAAGACCAUGUUGGUCAAGGCUGUUGCCAACUCGACGACUGCCAACUUCAUCCGCGUCGUUGGUUCCGAAUUCGUGCAGAAGUAUCUUGGUGAGGGCCCACGUAUGGUGCGGGAUGUCUUCCGAAUGGCCCGCGAGAACUCACCCGCCAUCAUCUUCAUCGACGAGAUCGACGCCAUCGCCACCAAGCGAUUCGACGCCCAGACUGGCGCCGACAGAGAAGUCCAACGUAUUCUGCUAGAGCUUCUGAACCAGAUGGAUGGUUUCGACCAGACCGCCAACGUCAAGGUCAUCAUGGCCACCAACCGUGCCGACACCCUCGACCCUGCUUUGCUACGACCUGGUCGUCUCGACCGGAAGAUCGAGUUUCCCAAUCUGAGGGACCGCAGGGAGCGACGUCUUAUCUUCUCAACCAUUGCCUCAAAGAUGAGCUUGGCACCCGAGGUGGACUUGGACAGCUUGAUCACGAGAAACGACCCUCUCAGCGGUGCCGUCAUCUCUGCUAUCAUGCAAGAGGCCGGUCUCCGUGCCGUGAGAAAGAACCGGUACAACAUCAUCCAAUCUGAUCUGGAAGACGCCUACUCAAGCCAGGUCAAGGGUACGGCCGACGAUAAUAAGUUCGAUUUCUACAAAUAA